GUUGAGGCGGCAGGUGGUAGUAUGGUGGCUGAGUGUAGGUUGACCCUGGGACCUCACCAGCUGGCCACCAACGUCACUAUCAAGGUCAGACUCAGGAUGGUCUCCUAUGUCGACAACUACCACGCCUCAGGGUCACAGAAGGCAGAGAUACACAGCGGCCAGCCUGGUGUGUUCUUGUCUAACACUUUACUGGCGUCUACUGUGGUGUUGACGUCCUUACUAUUGACCUCUAGUGUCUUGCUGACGUCCAUAGCCUUGCUGACUUCUCCUGCCGAGGCCCUGCUGACAGUGCUCCUGCUGUAGCAACUCUUCAUCUCCUGGUCAGCGAGUAGCGUGUGUGAAGCAGCCUGCUGACAUUCCCUGACACUCUACUGACAGCCACCUGGAACACUGCUGAUGAAUACCCUCCUGCUGUAGCAUGUUAUCGUGAUCACCUACCUGCUGGAGGACUCAGUAGGUCAGGGUGGUGGUCCAACACUGGCCUCACAACACCACAACUCAGCGUGGCCGGGCUCAGAUUCUCGGAGGUUCCUACGUUAAAUUUUCUCCCAGGUUAGAGAUAUGAGAACUCACCUUAAGGUCUCCUUUAAACUACGGCACAAAUAUUACAGUUAAGAUGUCGUCAAAAUAGCUCUGAGGUUGUGUGUCUCACUCGGUUAGGGAGAAAAUUUAUAUGUGAAUUUGUAUAAUCUUGGCCUUGUCUUGUAGCUGUAUAGGUAUGUGUAACCAUGCUUUUGAUAUGUCUUUAUAUAUAUAUAUAUAUAUAUAUAUAUAUAUAUAUAUAUAUAUAUAUAUAUAUAUAUAUAUAUAUAUAUAUAUAUAUAAAGUAUAUCCAGCCUUAUUUAUUCAAUGCUGAAAGGGUAGGUGGACUAGUCUGAGUUGUCGAGUAACCAGUUAACCGAGGCCAACAUAACAUGAAUAUUAUUGUAUAUAUAUAUAUAUAUAUAUAUAUAUAUAUUCUUUUUGCGAGCUUAUAAUAAGUAACAUUAAUUUUUCCUCAUUGCUGUCGUAAGUAGUGUCUCCUCCAGCCAGCAGAUGGCGGCACUGACCUACACGACAACAUGUGUUAACAGAGUGACGCACCGUGACAUAGGGCAGGGGGAAAAGGAGGUAAUAUAAGAGUGAACGGGAGUAGUCAUAUAAAACCUACCCUUUUCUCUCUGUCUCGGAAACCAUAGAAAGAGAAAGGCGUAUUGAUUCAAUGCCUUAAAAACAAUUGUUGUAAAAACAGUUUAUAAAAAUAUCACAAGACAACUAGGCGGUCUUACAUUCAUAGAUAAGGAAAACGAAAAAUUCGCCAAAUCUAGCGAAUAUCAGUCUCUUCAACAACGUUUGAUGUUGAUUUAAGUGAACUUGCGGGAUAUUUAAGAUAACACUACAGAAUAUAUGAAACUCAUGUAUUGAGUUGAGUGAAUUUUAGCGAUUCAUGUAUUGAUAUUAGUGAAAUUUAUCUUGUCUGGGAUGAUUUUAGUAAAGUUAGUGACCUGCAGCAGUAAAGUAAGCGACUUUUGCUCUGGUAUACAUAAACACUACCAACCAUUUCUGAGUUGUGGCGGGGAAUAACCACACACACACACACACACUCACACACACACACACACACACACACACACAUCGUUGGGUGGGCCUCAGUAACUGCUGAUAAUGGUGAAAGGUAGAAAGUGAUAACGAAGAGUAAUAGACGAUAACAAGAUGAGUAGUGUGAUAACGGGGAGGAGAGGAGGGAGUGAGAGUGUGCAUUGGUGUAAAUAAAGAGAGAAAGGGGGAGAGAAAACGUAGUAAAUAAAGAAAAGAGGAAAGAGAACGUAA